AUGCCAGCUUUUACUCUGUAUGGCGCUCGCGGUUCGACCAACACGGACCGUGUCCGCCUGACUCUCGCCGAAGGUGGCUUCACGGAUUACGAUCUCGUGCUCAUCAACCUGCAAAAAGGGGAACAAAAGUCUGAAGAAAACAUGAAACGUCACCCGUGGGGUAAAAUACCCGUCGUCACUUUCCCCGAUGGCUUCAUUAUCUACGAGAGUCGCGCAAUCUGCAAAUACCUCGCGCGAAAGUACUCGUUCCCGCUUCUACCCCCGGACUCAGACGUCGAAGCUACGGCGCUGUUUGACCAGGCGCAGUCGGAAGAAAUCCUCUAUUUCGCCGACCCUGCAGGUAAAAUCGCAUUUGAGAAAUUUGGCAAGAGAUUCAUGGGCCUGCCUCCCGAUGAAGUCGUGGUCUCAGGUGCACUGCGGUCGGUCGAGGCGUUUUUCGACGUGGCAGAACGUCUCUUGCAACACAAAGACUACAUGGCUGGGAAGAACUUCACUCUUGCGGAUAUCUACUACAUUCCGCUGAUCCAGAGACUUUUCGCGAGCGGGUAUGGAGACGUCAUCCUCAGUCGCAAAGCCGUGAGUGCUUGGUGGGACCGCGUCAUCAAUAGGCCAGCCAUAUCAAAGCUGUUGGCCGCUGACAAGGAGGCUAUGGCUGCUGCGGCUGCCGCACGUAAAUAG